AUGGCCCCUAAGAUUGCUAUCAUCUACUACUCUCUCUACGGACACAUCCGCACCCUCGCUCUUUCUGCCGGCCAAGGCAUAAAGAACGCCGGCGGUAAGGCAGAUCUCUUCCAGGUCGGAGAAACUCUUCCUCCCAAAAUUCUCGAACUCGUUAAGGCCCCGCCCAAGUCAGAAGACCCUCUCGCUACCCCUGAUACUCUCCUUGAGUACGACGCGUUUCUCUUUGGCGUCCCAACACGGUACGGCAACCAGCCCUCCCAAUGGCGCAAUUUCUGGGAUUCCACCGGCGGUCUCUGGGCAAAAGCUUCUCUCAAUGGCAAAUAUGCCGGACUUUUUGUCUCCACUGGAACUCCUGGUGGCGGUCAAGAAGUUACUGCUCUCAAUUCCAUCUCAACUCUCACCCACCAUGGUCUCAUUUAUGUCCCUCUCGGCUAUAAAAAGGCUGGUCAGUACUUGACAAACCUUGAAGAAGUUCAUGGUGGAUCCCCUUGGGGUGCUGGUACUUUUGCCGGUGCUGACGGAUCCCGCACUCCUACCGAUCUUGAGCGUAAGAUUGCGGAACUUCAAGGCGAGUGGUUUUAUGAAAUUGUGUCCAAAGCUCAUCGCGAUUAA